GUAGCUGCUGCCUGCCACACUGUCCAAUCGCAUCUAGGGAGAGGAGGUGAGAGAGCGAGAGAGAGAGGGAGAGGGAAAGAGAGGUGGGGGAGGGAGGAGGAGGAAGAAAGGAAAGGAGGGAGAGAGGGAGAUUGAUCAUCUGAACGUCCUGGGCCUUGGAAUCCUUGAAGAAACACUUCAUUUUCUUUUUCACCCAAAAGAUUUUUUUUCCCACCCUGCGCUUCCUCACUUUCACCUCUCUCGGACUGGAGAGCUUGUGAGUUGCUUCUUCUUUUUUUUUUUCCCUUUUUUUUUUUGUUGUUGCGUUAAUCCCGGGAGACGUGCCACCACCACCACCAUCAGCAGCAGCAGCAGCAGCAGCGGUGGCGGUGGUAGAUGUAGGAAUAUCUCAAUAUCCCAUCCCGGGCACGUCGGAUAAGCUGCAGCAGCAAAAACACACGAGGCGAACAUUGCGGUGGACGGGAACAUGAUCCGUGCGGUUUCACGCCUCUCAUCCAGAGCGGGAGGCAGUUUGAGCUUGUUAUGGGGGUGACCGGAAGGAGAGAGUGACAGAGGAACAGUGAUGCUACUGUUUACAUAACGAGAGACGCUCUCUUUCUCUCUCUCUCUCACACACACACACACACACACACACACACACACGCAUGCACGCAUAUGUAAGCUCACAUGCACAUACACACACACACACACACACACACACACACACUCACUUAAAAACUUAAACACACACCCGGACACAUUUUCAAGGGACUCACUGACUGAGUCACCACACACUCCCAGGCAGUGAAUCAGUGACUCACACACUCAUAGACUGACACACACAUACAAGGAGAAAAGGUUGCUUGCAAGAAGCAGGACUACUUGUUGUGUGUGCCAUGGGUCACAGUAAGCAGCAGCUGUGCAUGAGUGUUGGAUACCUUUGAAAGUAAACCUCGUCCUCCCUCCCAGUCAAUCCUCCUCCCAUCCUUCUUCUUGUAGCAUCCCCUAAACACACCCGUCAUGUCUGAGCUAAGGACCAGGAGAACUGCCUCGUCUCCUCUUCUGCCCGUCUCCUCCCUGUUUGGGUCCCUUUUCCUCCUCCUCUCCUUCUGCCUCUCCCUUUAUUUCUAUCCGGCGUCUGCACAGCAGACUGUGCCUGUCAUUUCCACGGCACAGGGCCGCAUUCGAGGCAUGCUGACCCCACUGCCCUCAGACCUCCUGGGCCCUGUCCUCCAGUACCUGGGAGUACCAUACGCAAGGCCUCCAACGGGGGAUCGGCGAUUCCAGCCACCUGAGUCACCUUUACCCUGGCCGGGAAUACGAAAUGUGACACAGUUUGCUCCCGUGUGCCCACAGUCGCUGGAUGAGAGGAGCAUAUUGGGGGAUAUGAUGCCAUCGUGGCUCACAGCCAACCUGGAUAUAGCGGCAACGUACCUCACUCACCAGAGUGAGGAUUGUCUCUACCUCAACAUCUAUGUGCCGACUGAGGACGACAUCCAUGAGGAGGGGGGUCAGCGGCCUGUGAUGGUCUAUGUCCAUGGCGGCUCAUACACAGAAGGCACAGGAAACAUGAUGGAUGGCAGUGUGCUGGCAAGCUACGGCAACGUCAUUGUCAUUACCCUCAACUACCGCCUGGGAGUACUGGGGUUUCUUAGUACUGGCGACCAGGCAGCGAAAGGUAACUACGGCUUACUGGAUCAGAUCCAGGCUCUGCGCUGGGUGAAGGAGAACAUCGCAGCCUUCGGAGGAGAUCCACACAGAGUCACUGUGUUUGGGUCUGGGGCUGGAGCCUCCUGUGUCAGCCUCCUCACUUUAUCUCAUUACUCCGAGGACCUCUUCCAUAGAGCCAUCAUCCAGAGUGGCAGUGCUUUGGCCAGUUGGGCCGUCAACUAUCAGCCAAGCAAGUAUGCACGGCAGCUCGGAGAGAGGGUUGGCUGUGGCAUUGAUGACAGCACCCAACUGGUCGCCUGCCUCCAGGGCCGGAGUUAUCGGGAACUAGUGGAGCAGAACGUGGCGCCGGCCAAGUAUCACACUGCUUUUGCACCAGUGAUUGAUGGCGACGUUAUACCGGACGACCCGCAGAUUCUGAUGGAGCAAGGAGAGUUUCUGAACUAUGAUGUGAUGCUCGGGGUUAAUCAGGGCGAAGGUGUGAAGUUUGUGGAGGGCAUAGUGGACUCAGAGGACGGCGUCACUGCGGAGGACUUUGACUUUGCUGUGUCAGACUUUGUGGACAGUUUAUAUGGAUACCCGGAAGGCCGAGACACACUGAGAGAGAGCAUAAGGUUCAUGUACACAGACUGGGCAGAUCGUGACAACGCAGAGACUCGCCGAAAGACUCUGGUGGCACUAUUUACAGACCACCAAUGGGUGGCGCCCGCAGUUGCCACAGCUGACCUUCAUGCUCAGUACGGGUCCCCGACUUACUUCUACUCGUUUUACCACCACUGCCAGAGUGACGCCACUCCCCCCUGGGCUGACUCCGCCCAUGGUGAUGAGGUGCCCUAUGUGUUUGGCGUGCCCAUGCUAGGACCCACUGAUCUGUUCAACUGUAACUUCUCCAAGAAUGACGUGAUGCUGAGCGCAGUGGUCAUGACUUACUGGACCAACUUUGCCAAGACUGGUGAUCCAAAUCAGCCGGUUCCUCAAGAUACCAAGUUCAUCCACACGAAACCCAACCGCUUUGAAGAAGUGGCCUGGUCUAAGUACACCCCAAAAGAGCAGCUGUACCUCCACAUCGGCCUUAAACCCCGUGUAAGAGACCACUACCGCGCCACCAAAAUCUCCUUCUGGCUUCAGCUGGUGCCUCACCUGCACCAUGUCAACGAGCUCCUCCAAUCUGUGUCCUCCUUCACGCAUAGUCCCUCACCACAGGACGACACUCCUUACUCUUACACUAAGCGCCUGUCCAAAGGUUGGCCUCCGAGCAGUACACGUCACCCAGGAUCUCAAGGCGGGACCCCACAGCCCCCAGAGACUGCUGUAGGCCAAGGUGGAGGGGAAGAUGGAGUCCGUAUCCCCGCUGAGAACUACUCCACUGAACUGUCUGUGACGAUUGCCGUGGGAGCCUCCCUGCUGUUUCUCAACAUCCUUGCGUUUGCCGCUCUACUGUACAAGAAGGACAAGAGGCGUCUGGAGCACCGACGGUCCCGCCCACUCCCUCCCCCGAGACGAGAUAUCACAGCUGCGGACGUUGCUGCCCACUUACAGGGAGAAGGACUGAUGUCGUUACAGGUGAAGCAGCUUGAGUGUGAUGCAGCGUCAGCGGACGAGAGGAACAACGCUCAUCACCAUCACACUCUGGAUACGCUGGACGCUCUGGACGGUAUGGACACCCAGGACAUCUACAGCACACUGGAUACCGUGCGCCUCACCUGUCCGCCCGAUUACACCCUCACCCUGCGCCGCUCACCCGAUGAUGUUCCACUCAUGACAUCGCUGACCCCAGGAUCACUGCCUGUGACCCCCGGGUCACAUCCUGUUACCCCGGCAACACCAAUGACACCCAUGACACCUGGAUCAAUGGUGGGGAUGAGGAUGGGACAUCCUCACCAGGGAUACACACACCAUAGCCCGUAUAGUAAUACACACUUGCCACACACACACAUCUCCACGCACACACACUCCACCACGCGUGUAUAACUGCACUCCCACACUCCCACACACACACGUGCACACACACACACACACGCACACACUCAAACACACGCGAAACAAAAGACUUAAAUACCUCUACUAAUUACCCUGCAGGAUUGUUACAGAUGGUGCGACUGAAAGACAUUUUCAGUAACAGGAUGAAAAGACAGACAGCUGUGUGUUGCAUGUAGAGGAACUGAAGACAGACUGGAUCCCAGGAGAUGCAGUUCUAUGCAUCAUUCGAUCAUGACCUGGAACUUGACGAGCCAAGACAUCCAUCAAGUGUCUCCAAACCUGCUUUGGAUAUUAAAUCUUCUGCUUUUUUAACAGCUGGGGUAGAAGUGGAGUAGGAGUGCUGUGGGGAAAGAGUCAGUUAUCGAUCAGUUUAUAUCUCUUACUGUACCUGUGCUGCACAGUGAAGCAGUGCCCGGGGUACUGAGCAGAGCAGAUGCACAUGCAGUCCUGAGCUAAGAUGUACCCCACACACACACACACAGACUGCUGAUGUCAACUUGAACAACCUGUGAAAUGUGAAUGUAGCAUUUUUUUUUUUUUCCAAUGAAACGAUCAAAAGGCCCAAUCUGCCAAGGAUCAAACCAAGCUGAGGAGAAAAUAACAAAUUCCAGUAAGAUGUGGACGCAAAAACAGAUAGGGAGGAAGAGGGAGAUUAAAAGAAACAACAACAAAAAAAACCAACAACAUUAGUUGAAGGAAAUGUGAGGCAGAUUGUGGGAAAGAGAUUAGGAUUUUAUUGAGAGGGAUCUACCAGCUGUGAGAGCGAGAAAGACAAAGUGAGAUGGAGUGAUAUGGAAAACACAGAGAUGGAAAGUGUGCCAAGAGACAGAAAUUAGCUUCAGAAGAAGAAAGGGCCUCUGAAGCAUUGCCAGGCUGACUGAAGAAUCACUCUAACCAGCUAUGUGUUAAACCCUUGUAAAUAGAAUGGAGAGAUACAGAUGAUAUAUUAUGAUUUAUAGCAUUUAAUUGCUCUUGCAUUAAAACACGACUUAUUUAACCACAUUAUUGCUUUCAUCUCAGAUAUUACUAUAUUGUUGUAUAGAUGUCCUGAAGCAAGGCUGGUUGUCUUUCUAUCUCACCCACUGUAGUAUGUACACAGUACCUUUAUUUAAAACGCUAUAUUUGCUAUGCAGUCAUUUCAAUAAUUCGUAACUAUCUAAGCAUCUAGAUACUUGUUUGGUAGUUGAUGUGUAAGGCAUUUUCACUCUCUCCUGUCUCUGUUUGUUUCACCAUCAGAUGAGAAGCUAGUACUGUGUAGAUAGUGCAAUAUUGGUUUGAUGAUUAAGCACCAGCCGAAAACCAUGACCUACGACCCUUUGUACCUAAACUCUGCCUGCCCCCCCCCCCCUGUUCCUUGUGUUCCUUAGAUUUUUAACCCUUAAUACCUUGUAAAGUCAAAACUAAUUUAAUGUCUUAUUUAGUGUUUGUUGAGGGUCCAGAGUCACAGUGUGUCCCAAGAAUUUAGCAAUCUUUUUUCUGUAUUUGUUUAACUUUUACACAGCCCUUUGUGAAUGAAAGAACGUUGUAUUUAAUCAAUAACCCUUUCUUCAGAACGAAACAAACAAAAAAAGAAGCUCUAGUGUGCAACUAAAUAUAAAGAAACGUCAGUUACAUUCAAACUAUUGUCAAAUGAGAUCACACAAUGCUGAUUAGGCCAUUAGCUGCACACAGCUCUCGUUUAUAGCUUGUGUCCCUCUGGCAACAUUCCCGCACUGCACACAGGAUGUGAUAGGUUUUAUGUCAGAUGUUGCACUAGGAGAGCGAACAGGCUGCAAACGGGUUGGAGUAUGACAGAAAACUCAAAGAAGUGUGCACAAAAAGAAUUAAAUUCCAAAACCCCCCUCGUUCAGCAGUUUGACAGGAUAAACACCUCUUGCCCUCGCCCGCCCAUGCACUGCUGCUGUGUACAGGCAGCUCUGGUAGUAUUGACAGAGCUGUUUUCAGAUGAAGGACGCAGCAAACAGAUGAUGUUACAUAACGGAGGCAGAAUAAUGACAUCAAUAACAACCUGAAAAGAAAGAAAAGAAAAGAAAAGAAAAGCACCAAAAGUUACACACUGCAGCUUUAUCAUCUCUUUUCGGUGUCUUCCUCUUCACAGACCUGUCACUCACUCACUUUGGUUUAAUACCUGCCACCAUGUUGUCAGUGUUUUGGAGCCGGAUUUGAUGAACGAGGCGGAGCUGAGAAGGGACACACUGUGUGAUAUAGCAUGAGAGGAUUGACACUGAAGGCAAACACGCCUCUCGACGUACUGCUUUUCAAACCUUAACCCCUUUUAUUGGUAAAAACGCCAAACUAAUAACUUGAUGAAAUUAUGAUUAUGAGUUUGCUUCAGAUUGUAGUAUUAUUGUUUGGAUUAUUUUGUAAUCUGUUGGUGGUUACUGCUUUGUGUGACCACAAAGAUGUACCCAGCUUUCAUAAUAAAACACUAGUAUUUUGUAAUGGCAGCCGCUAAUAUGAAGCUCAAAACUCAACCAAAGGCCCCAACACUGAUAUUUUAUAACUUUUCUUUGUUCCUUCCUUUGUUCUUUUCCUUGCCCCUAACCUGUGUCUUGUCCAGUCCUCUCCUGCCCCCCCCCCCCAUCCCCGUCCCAGCCUUGUCUGUGUGACCACUUGCAGCUUUGCCACAGUGAGGCCUAUUUAACCUCCUCUCAUCCUAAGUAACUUCUUUCAUGAGAGAUUUUAGUUCCUUGUCAAAAUAACAUGUAAAGUGAAAGCUGAACAUUUUUUUGUGGAUGGCAAGCAAAGAACUUUUACAAAAUGGUAUAAAAGUAACGUUUAUUGGAUGUUUGAUUGUUUGGAUAUUUCUUUUCAUAUGGGUUUAUUGACUCAGCUGAUGGCUGGAUUGUGUCAAAGCAUAAAACAUUUCUGCUGCAUUUUUGAAAAAUAAAAAUAUCAAUAUU